GCGACCAAAGAUUGCCUAACAUAGUAGCCUACAGAAUAUACACCAAUCGCCAAGAACACUUUCACUGCAAAACGAACGAUGGCCGAAGCAUCAAGCGCUCACGAUCACGAUCACGCCCACCCACCUCCAGCUCCCGAAGAUGCUUGGAAAACUUCAGGCGUCCGUGUAAUUCCCUCCGACUCCCUCGAGCCAGUAGGAGGUCAACACAUGACCCCAGGAAUGGAUCGCGCCGCCGCAAUCAACUUCGCCAGAGUAGGAGCCCAAAAGCUCUGGGCUGGUACAGUCCACAUCCACGCAAACGCCAAAACCGGAGCCCACCACCACGGCCACCUGGAAUCCGUAAUCUACGUCCUCAAAGGCCGAGCUCGCAUGCGAUGGGGCGAGAAACUCGAAUUCACAGCCGAAGCCGGACCGGGAGAUUUCAUUUAUGUUCCACCUUAUGUUCCUCAUCAGGAAAUUAAUGCGAGUGCGGAUGAGAAGUUGGAGUGUGUUUUGAUGAGGAGUGAUAGUGAGGCGAUUGCGGUGAAUUUACCGGAUGUGGAGCCUGUGGAGAAGCCGGAGACUGUGAAGUGGAUUGAUCCGACGCAUCCAGAGUAGUGGAAAGUGGACUUAGCUAUAUCUUGGCGAGACGCGUCUGAAAGAGGUGCAUUCACUUGAUUCGAAAGUUGAGCAUUUCAGGAAGGACAGAGAUAUGCCUUCCCCUGUGCAGCGCAAGUAUUUAUGCUUCUUCCCCGUGGCCAUAUCAGUCCGGAACCCAGACAUCGCACAGCAGUUGAAAAUUAGUGUCUGAACUUGAUAAGUCUCUAUUAAC